UGCAAAUCCAUCGACGGUCCAAAACCUUCUUCUCCAGCAAGCACACGGAUCGAGCCUCGUUCUCAAAAUCCCACAUUGCCCUAUAAAUGCCCUCAGAAUCCAAACAACGUCAUUCAUUUCGUAAAAGCAAACCAUUGUCUCACUUACUCUGCAACUCUCAGAUUUUUGAAAUUUUCGGCUCGCAACAAUGACGGGACGUGGAAAGGGAGGCAAGGGACUGGGCAAGGGAGGAGCGAAGCGUCACCGUAAGGUCCUCCGCGACAACAUCCAGGGCAUCACCAAGCCGGCGAUUCGCCGCCUGGCCCGCAGAGGCGGCGUGAAGCGAAUCAGCGGCCUGAUCUACGAAGAGACCCGCGGCGUCCUCAAGAUCUUUCUCGAGAACGUGAUUCGGGACGCCGUUACCUACACGGAGCACGCCAGGAGGAAGACGGUGACGGCGAUGGACGUUGUUUACGCUCUCAAGAGGCAAGGCAGGACUCUGUACGGGUUUGGGGGUUAGGGUUCUGGUGGGGAAAAGUCUUGCUGUCAAGAAAGGACUGGUGAUUUGGUGUUUGUAUUGUUAGGGUUUAGGUUUCGAUGGCUGAUGCUGUAAUUAGUGUCGUAGUUAGUGGUGUUUUUCAAUGUUGGUUCAAUCUCAAAGUUGCAAUUUGUAAUUCGUUCUCUGGAUUCUAAUUUCUGAAGAAAUUAAUAGAAUUUUGGUUUUGGUAUGUGCAAA